UAAUAUUAGUGCAGAACACUGUACCUUUAAUUUUAAAUGCCCUUGGAGUCUGCUGGGGAAGAGAAAUAAUACUGUCCAGUCGUAUGACAUGCAGAUGAGUGCCGUAGAUCUUAGAAUCACCGCACACUUUCACUCAUUUGGCCAGUCACAGGGGCCAAAACCAGUGUUUGGAGCCACAGGUGUGGCGGUGGAGGCAGCAGCAAAUGGGAGGCCAUACAGCAAACUAUGACAAAUGGAAACCAGCAGGAGUGUGAGGAGACCUCAAAGAGGCACAUGGCAGAGUGAGGCGAUGGAGACAGCAGCCAAUGGGGAGGCCGGUUCAGGGACCCAU